AUGGUGCUCGCUGAUGCUCAGGGAACAAUGAUUCAUGCUACAGUGAAAAAGAAUCUGAUGAAUCGGUUCGAGAACAAGAUCACUCAAGAAGAAUGGAGAUCUGUUGAAAAUUUCAGGUUAAGUUUUGCCGGUGGCCAAUUCAAACCAACUGGUCAUCGAUACAAGAUGAGUUUCAUGACUCAAACCGUUGUGGCAAGGAUAGAUCCUCUCUCUGACGAGCCAUACCUAUAUCUUUCCCGAUUUGAUUCUGUAAUAUCCGGGAACCUCAACCCAAACUUCCUAAUAGACAUUGUUGGUCAAGUGGUUAAUGUUGGUGCAAUGGAGACAAUAGAUGUUAACAACAAGCCAACAAACAAGAUUGAUGUUGAACUCAGGGAUGAGAGUGAUGUAAGGUUAACAUAUGUAAGGACGAUUGCAAAUGCUUUCAAUGCCUCACAACUCACAAUAAAUCCAGAGUAUGGUCAGAUUUUUGAGUUCAAGAAUAAGUUGCCAAAUGAUGGUUUUGCUCUCACUUUACUUGAGAGCAAACCAAAACGUGAGCUACAGUUAGCAAAUAAUGGAGAAUUCUACGCUCAACAUGUGAAUGGGACCAUCCAAGAUAUCUUGAACUCGAUUGAGGUUGGUAAGGUUAAGCUGAUAUGUACUAUUUACACCAUAGACUGUGACUGGGCGUGGUACUACAUUGCAUACUGUGACUGGGCGUGGUACUACAUUGCAUGUAAAAAGUGUAAUAAGAAGGUUUCCGAGGUGAAGUCUACUACUAAUGGAAAUGCAUCUGUUACAAAGAAACAUAAGUGGCAGUGUGAUACUUGCCAUGCACAAGUGACUAAUAUCUUAGCAAGGUUCAAAACACAUGUCAAGGUGAUGGAUCAAACAGGACAGAUGAAAUUAAUGCUUUUCGAUAGCCCAGCUGCUGAGAUUGUUGGUUGUACCGCUAACAUUCUAAUUGAAGGACCCUUUGAUGAGAUGGAAGAUCCAAAAAAUUUGCCAGCAGCUAUCAGGAAUUUGGUUGGGAAAACUUACCAGUUUCUGGUAAGCAUUGAAAACGACAACUUGUGGAAUGAGUUGGAUACAUACAAGGUUUCAAAAGUUCUUUCCAAGGAUGGUACUAACGAUGAUGAUGUGACUGAGCUGUCUCAUAGUGGAGAUAAUCCAACUGAUGAUAGCACCAAUGAUCAGGAGAAGCUCACAAAGGGUGAGAUUAUGGCACAGGCAAAGACGGCUACUGCAGGGAUGGAGAAGCUCACAAAGGGUGAGAUUAUGGCACAGGCAAAGACGGCUACUGCAGGGAUGGUAGAAGGAGGCAAUGGGACUACUUACAAGAAGAAGUGA